UGCCCGCCGGCGCAGCCCGUGCGCCCCGUCGCCGUUCCCCCCGCCGCUCGGCGGGGCGGGAAGAUGCGGAGCAAGGGCAGGAAGGAGAGCCUGUCCGACUCCCGCGACCUGGACGGCUCCUACGACCAGCUGACGGGCAACCCGCCAGUCCAAACUAAAAAAGCGCUGAAGCAGCGAUUCCUCAAACUGCUGCCCUGCUGCCGGCCCAAAUCCAUCCCCUCGCUCAGUGAAAACAGUGUUGAGGAUGAGUUUGAGCUCUCCACCGUCUGCCACCGCCCCGAGGGGCUGGAGCAGCUCCAGGAGCAGACCAAGUUCACCCGCAAAGAGCUGCAGGUCCUGUACCGAGGCUUCAAGAAUGAGUGCCCAAGUGGCAUUGUCAAUGAAGAAAACUUCAAGCAGAUCUAUUCACAGUUCUUCCCUCAAGGAGACUCCAGCACCUACGCCACCUUCCUCUUCAACGCCUUCGACACCGACCACGACGGCUCCGUCAGCUUUGAGGACUUUGUGUCUGGGCUGUCCACCAUCCUGCGGGGCACCAUUGAUGAUCGCCUGAACUGGGCCUUCAACCUCUAUGACCUGAACAAAGAUGGCUGCAUCACCAAAGAGGAAAUGCUGGACAUCAUGAAGUCCAUCUACGACAUGAUGGGCAAAUACACCUACCCGGCCAUGAGGGAGGAAGCACCCCGGGAGCACGUGGAGAACUUCUUCCAGAAAAUGGACCGGAAUAAGGAUGGCGUGGUGACAAUCGAGGAGUUCCUGGAGUCCUGCCAGAAGGAUGAGAACAUCAUGCGAUCCAUGCAGCUCUUCGACAGUGUGAUUUAGCUCCCUGCCUGGACCUGCCUCCAGAUGAGCUCUCCUGACACUGGGCCCAGAACCUUCUUCUCUCUCUUGACUUUUCCUUUGAGACUCCCCUGCUCCGGUUGCACAGACACCUCCAUGGAAAGGGGCCUUCCUUCCCUGGGAUGCAGUCGGUACAGAGAUCUUCCCUUUCCCCUGGCCCAGCUCUGCUUUCCUCGGGGAAUCCCAAGCAGGUGCUCCCAGAUGUUGGAGCAUGGGCAUGGCUGCCACAGGAUGAGAAUUUCACCUGGAUGGACCUCCCUGCACCCAAUCCCGGUGGAAAAGAUGCAUCCUUAGGCUGCAGUAGAGGUUUUCCCCGUGCACACCACCCUGUGCAGCCACACCUCGCCUACCCUGAUCCUCCCCAGCCCCAGGAGCCCCCAGUCCCAGCUCCAGCCCAAAUCUUCCAGCAAUGCUGUCUAGAAACCAAUAAAGUCUUGCAGUGGGCACAGCCAGUGCCUCGGCUUCCUCCCCUGCCCUGGCUGUGCCCUGCUGUGGGAA